AUGAGCCGGCCUUCAGCAAAGCUCUGCGCGGAGUGCUUCCCGGCGCUGCGACCCCGCGGACGGGCUUUGCGCGCUGCCCCGUUACGCGUGGGUGAUCGCUCGUUCACACCGGUUGGUUCGCGGGAUCUUGCUACGGCGGCUCCUGUGAGAGCUUCGUCGGUUGCGCUUUCGGUGCGGAGGGUGCAGGUGCGGUCUACUCGCCGGGAGCUUGCGACUGUUACUGGGAAUGGGGGUGAGGGUGUGAAGUCCGGUGUGGCCGCGAGUGGCCCUGUUGAUGGGCCGUUGAGGGAGUAUGAUGUUCGGGUUGAGGAGGGUCGGUUGAGAGAUGAUCCUUAUCAGCGAGGAAUCAUCCAAAACUUGCAAGACCUCUUCGAAGCACUGAAAUCCUAUACUCCACCAAAGGUCGUCCACCCCAGUCCCGAAUCGCUCGACCCGCAACCCAAACAAUCCUUCCUGGGCUCGUUGUUUGGCGGAAAAUCGAAACAACCCGCCACGUCUGUGGUCCCGGAGAACCUGCCCAAGGGCCUGUAUAUGUACGGCGAUGUCGGGUGCGGAAAGACCAUGCUGAUGGACUUAUUCUUUGAUACCCUCCCGGAAAACAUUAAGACGAAGACACGAAUCCAUUUUCAUAAUUUCAUGCAGGAUGUACAUAAGCGCAUGCAUGUGGUGAAGAUGAAGUAUGGAAAUGACUUCGAUGCAUUGCCCAUGGUUGCGGCCGAUAUUGCGGAGACGGCGAGCGUUCUCUGCUUUGAUGAGUUCCAGUGUACGGAUGUUGCUGAUGCGAUGAUCUUGCGACGACUCCUCGAAGCCCUCAUGUCCCACGGUGUCGUCCUGGUGACAACCUCCAACCGACACCCAGACGACCUCUACAAAAAUGGCAUCCAGCGCGAAUCCUUCAUCCCCUGCAUCAACCUCCUCAAAACAGACCUGAACGUCAUCAACCUCAAUUCGCCAACAGAUUACCGUAAAAUUCCCCGUCCCCCGGCAGCAGUCUAUCACCACCCGCUCGGCGAGAGCGCAGAACAACACGCACAGAGAUGGUUUGACGUCCUCGGCGACCCAAUCAACGACCCGCCCCACGCAGACUCGCAAAUCGUCUGGGGCCGAACAAUCAACGUCCCCCGCGCUAGCGGUAAAGCUGCCCAAUUCUCAUUCAACCAGCUCAUCGGAUCCGCGACCGGAGCCGCAGACUACCUCGAGCUGGUCCGACACUACGACGCCUUCAUCGUCACCGAUGUACCCGGCAUGAAUCUGAACCAGCGCGACCUGGCUCGCCGAUUCAUCACCUUCAUCGAUGCCGUCUACGAAAGCCGGGCGAAGUUGGUCCUGACCACUGAGGUCCCGCUGGCGAAUUUGUUUCUCUCCCCUGAGGAUAUUAAGGGAUCCACGAAGGGCGGCGACCAUUCGGAUCUUUCGGACGCUAUGCGCAACCUGAUGGAUGAUCUGGGCAUGUCGGUGCAGGCGUUGAAGAAUACUUCUAUUUUCAGUGGUGAUGAGGAGCGCUUUGCGUUUGCGCGGGCGCUUUCACGACUUUCCGAGAUGGGGAGUAAGGAGUGGGUGGAGCGCGGGUUGUUGAGUCCUGGACAGUCUGUGGAGGAGAGCAAGGAAGAGAGAGAUGCUUGGAAGAAGACGAGGAGUCAUUGGAGUGAGGAUAACAUGUAG